GUUAUAGGCUACCAGCCUAACAAGACCUUAAAUGGCAAUUUCUCUAAUUAAUUGUAAAAUUCAUUGUUUUAUACAUUUGAAAAUUUAAAUGUGUAAACACAUUUAAUUCCUGUUCGAGUAAUUUUAUAUACAUAUUUCUUUUACAGGGAAUAAAGUCCCAGUAGUAAUACGAGACUCCAAUGUCUCAUCCACUUUGUACCUUAAUGCAGAGUAAUAGAGCUAUAAUGUAAACAACCGUUUUACGAAGGCUAUAUAUAGGGGGAAAAAACUGGAAAAAUUGUUAUCAUCUUUCUCACAAAUUUCGGCGUGUCGCCCAGCGACACUCGCGCAUUUUUUCACGAUACAUUUUUCAUUAGGCGACCGAGGGAAAAGCUCUUUUACUGCCGGAGGAGAUGGAGAUGAUACGGACGAGCCUGCUGGCAGUGGGCGCAAGCGGAGGCGGAGGCGAGGCCACGGCUGGAAAUGUCGGAGGUGGCGGCGGCGGCGGUGAUGGUUACAAUGCCGAGAUGACCGCUUCGGCGGUGCCCGAGGAGCUCUUCCGGAAAUACACGGAAACCGAUUCGCGACCUUUGACCCCGGCGCCCACGCUCGCCAGCGGCCCAACGGCGUUAACUGGCCGCCCGGCCCAGGAGGAUUUGCCGGUGACCUGCAAUCCGCGCGAGCGCACCACCCUGGUCCUGGAUCUCCGGACGAGCUCGCAGAAUCAGCAGGUGGAAAAUGAGACUUUCAGCUGGCACGCUCUCACACUGGAACUGCCGCCUACGCCUCGGAAAAGCGAGAUAUUUGUCUGCAAACCGAUCUCCCGGCCACAACAAUCGUUAGCGGCACCCGUGCCUGUGCCGCCUCCUCCGUCACCUCCCUCGCCUAUCGCUGAAAAAUGCGAAACGAGCUCGUCUCGAAACGCGGAGGAAGAGGCCGACAGCGAGCAGCAACCGGCAAUUACACGAAGACGGGGAAAGCGAUUGCGUAAAAGAAAGUGUAGGAGGGAUUCGACUUACGGCCAACAAACGGAAGUUCGCGAUCCGCUCGAGCCUACGGUGACACAGGUCUCGCAGGUCGGGGAUGGAUCACGGCGAUCGUCGCUUCACGUAAACACCGGCGAGGUCGAUGGCUCCUCGACGUCUCCCAAGAGAACGUCUCCCGCGCAGACAACGAGUCACACGAUGCCUCCGAGUUUCCUCGCGCCAGACGUCUUGAAGCACUUGUGCAGAGAGCUAGAUCGUGACAAGGUGGAGACGGAAUUCUCAAUCAAGAGACGGAUUGCACUAGAGGAAGCGUUGCGGGUGAAAGGCGAUACGUACUCGCGCGGAUCUCGUCAAACUAGUGCUGGUCCAUCGGUGGAAAACGCUCCCCGGAUAUUCUCCCGUCAAACGGCGCGAUUUGAACUGCUCGACAGUCAGAGUCUUCGUGGAUUAACGUCGCUUCAGUAUCUCAGCAAGCAUGCGUACAUCACGUCGGGAAGAAAGCUGAUAUUCGGUCGAAUAUUUAAUAAGUUUAACGAAGAGGCGUUGCACAGCGCGCGACGCAUUUCACCGAGCGACGUCGAAGAGGCUCUUCGGGAAGUGGUCGGCAAGGCAUUAACGGACGAACAACGAUCUUAUAUGAAGUCUGUGACAGGAGACGUAUCGCAACCACUGGGAUUUAGGGAGUGGUGCGGAUUGUGCGCCGCUGUCGAAAGGCUGCUGUGUCCUUUGCCGUCGAGGGAGAGCGAUCCGCCAACGUGGCUCGAAAGAACGGACUUCGAAGCUCUGGAACGAAGACUCAAGUCAGCCGGAACGGUGGAUUCCACGUUGACGUUAUUGUUGAAGGAGAUUCGUGAUAGAUAAAAUAUAACGUUUCUUAUU